GUUGGCAACUCGCAGUCGGCAGUGCGAGACGCGCGUGUUCUUCGCUCGUCCCGGUAGGCCAUCUCGGUUCUGCAACACUCGCAGGGCUUUUCCGGUGCUACGUCUUGCUGGUGCUGGUAGAGUCCCGGUGCUGCAACACAGACAGGUCCUUCCUUGUGCCCCUGUGCUGUUUGGUGCAGGUGACACGCGUAGAGUCACGAGGCUACCUUGUGCUUGGGAGGUGCAUGCCAGACUAAGGUUAUAGACCUUACUUCGUAAAUUGGAUUGAACUGGAACAGGUUUAUGAUGUUGUUAAGAAAGUCAUUUAGCGUUUUGUUGUGAAGAGAAAAGACUGACAGUAAACGCGUGAAAUCCCCGGUAGCAAAGGAAGGGACAGUGUUGUGUUGACAGUGCCGCACGUCGCGCGUGAUGCGUGCCGCAGGCUGCACGUGAAGCGAAACGCCCAAAAACCAAGUUGUCUAUUCUUGAACGCAAGAAGUUACCGUCGCCAAAAUGAUGCUGGCUGCCUACUUUGAUCAGUACCCGGCGCACCUGGCUGCGGCUGCCCGGCGCCAGGCGGAGCAGCAAGAGCAGCAGGCGCCCAGGGUACUCACCAUGGCCUCCCCGCCCCCUGCGCCGGCGUCUGACGGCGCCCGCACGUACACCCUCACUGACGCCUCGGAGGAGCAGCCGCCCUCGCACCCCGAGAAGGAGGUCCUCGCCCGCCAGCAGAAGGAAGACAGCCCGCGACCAGCGCUCAGCCAGGAGGGCUCGGGCGGAAAGGCGCCUCAAGGCGAAGAGGAUCGCUUGUCCACGGGCACGUACAGCGUGCCCCCAGCUUCAGCACCCGCCACCCCCCUGCCCCUAACCCCGGCGCCGACCACCGGUUGCCCCGUCCACGACCCUGCACACGCCCACAGCCACCCUCUCGCCCACGUCCUCAACCACAGCCACACAGCCUCGUCCUCGGGCGGAAGCUCCAGGUCCUCGGCCGCGGACUCGCAGCUUCUCCACUGCGGGAUCUGCACGCGGCGCUACUCCAAUCCCAAGGUUUUACCGUGCCUGCACACCUUCUGCGAGCGGUGCCUGAUCAGCUACACGCCGCCGGAGUCCCUGACGCUCACGUGCCCCGUGUGCCGCCAGCAGUCCAUCCUGCCGAAGGACGGGGUGCCGGGGUUGCAGAGCAACACGUGGGUGAGGGGCGUGAUGGAGGCCAUGGACGGCGCCGCCACCGGGCCCUGCUCGAUCUGCCGCCAGGCCAACCCCACGGCGCGCUGCCAUCAGUGCCAAGUGGCGUUCUGUGCCGGUUGUGCCCAGGCCCAUGUCCAGGAUUCUGGCAGUGAGAGUCACAGUGUGGUGAGUCUGGCAGACAGUGAAAGUGGCGUGCCAGACACUAAUGGUUUCCAUGACGACAAUACCACACUCUACUGCCCCUCUCAUCAAGGCCAGACUCUACGAUUCUAUUGUCGUGACUGCGAGACUGCAGUGUGUAGUAGUUGCACUGACAUAGAACAUCGCACACAUAACACACUCCAUCUCACCGAUGCUGUGGACGAACACAGAGCAGCGAUGCAUCAGCUCAUAGACAGAGUCACUAUGCAGCUGCCAUGUGUGAAGGAAGCAAUCUGUGAUAUUCAAGAUGUUUGCCAUAAUCUGGAGGAACGAAGGGCAGAAGCUGAGAAUGAAAUUCGAAGGUGUUUCAACACCCUCCAUGAAUUGCUUGACAAGAGACAAACUGCACUUAUCAACUUGCUCAACUCCAUUGAAUCAGAGAAACAACAGACUCUAGGCAAUCAAAGGGAAGAGCUUGAAGCAUGGGUGGGAGGUGUAGAGAGCGGAUGUGAAUUUGUAGAGAAAGCCUUGACACACUGCCCAGCCAUGGAGGUGGUGCUUGUGAGGAAGCAGCUUGGGGAGCGACUCAUGGACUAUGCUAAUAUGAAUGUGCCUCCAGCACCCAGAGAAAAUAGUCAUCUGAAGUUUGUUAUAGGCAACAUAGAUCCUUUGAAGACAGCAUUCUUGCAUGUUGGAAGCAUUCAAAGUAACAGCGCAGUACCUCACCAGACAAGCUGCACUGGAGAAGCCCUUCGACAGGUUAGUGUUGGGCGACAGUCUAUUGUAACAGUGGUAACCAGGGAUCAUAAGGGAGAAAAAGCAGCUUGUGGUGGUGCAGAAGUCACUGCUACAUUGUCUAGGACAAGUUUAGCUGUGCAACGGCAUGGCUCCAACUCCCCUCGUGCCUCUCUUUCUCCACGUGCCUCUAGUAAAAGCCCCUGUGGUUCAAGGGAGGAAGUGUGCCAACCACAAGUGCUUGAUUUAAACAAUGGUACAUAUGAAGUAGCAUUCACUGUCCAGUGUGAAGGCACAUACUCACUUGAGGUCUUGCUGUAUGGCCAUCCAGUGAGUGGCAGUCCUUUCACAGUAGCUGCAACAGCUGCCCUAGAAGAGGAUAGUGGGAGUAGCCAACGUUCAGUGCCUCCACAUACUUUAGCUAGACAGACAUCGCAUUCAACACAAGUAACUUCACGCACCUCCAGAACUUCACGCCGACCUCUCUCUCACCGCUCAUCUUGUUCACGAAGGACAAACCCCAUUGAAGAUGACAUGCUGCUCAGAGUAGGAAGGAGGGGAAGAAAUAGGGGAGAAUUUGUUAAUCCACAGGGUAUUACAUACAAUUCUAUCAAAGAUGGUCGCAUUGCUGUUGCUGACUCAAAUAACCAGUGCAUUCAGGUGUUUACCUUAAGUGGAGAAUGCAAGUUAAGAUUUGGAGUUCGUGGUAGAAGCACAGGUCAGCUGCAGAGACCAACAGGAGUAGCAGCUUUACCAAAUGGCAAUUAUGUUGUGGCAGAUUAUGAAAACAAAUGGGUUUCGAUUUUUGAACCCUCUGGAAAAUAUGUCAGCCGUAUUGGUAAUGGGAAGCUUCUUGGGCCAAAAGGAGUCUGCGUUGACAACAAUGGACACAUUAUUGUUGUAGACAACAAGGCAUCUUGUGUCUGUGUGUUCCAACAGUCUGGUAAAUUACUCACUAAAUUUGGAAACCGUGGGACUGAUGAGUUUCAGUUUGCUGGACCACACUUUGCAGCAGUUAAUAGCAAGGGACAGAUUGUGAUUACAGACUUCCACAAUCAUUGUGUUAAGGUAUUUGACAGUGAUGGUGACUUUUUAUUCACCUUUGGGACCAGUGGUGAAGGCAAUGGGCAGUUCAAUGCUCCAACUGGCAUUGCUGUAGAUUCCAAUGACAACAUUAUUGUAGCUGACUGGGGAAAUUCAAGGAUCCAGGUAUUUGAUUCCCAAGGAUCGUUUCUGUCCUAUGUAAACACACUGGCUGACCCACUCUACGGCCCUCAAGGAAUGACCCUCACUCCAGAUGGCCAUAUCUUUGUGGCUGAUUCUGGAAACCACUGCUUCAAAGUAUACAAAUAUCUCCAGUAAACACAGAUCUUUUAUAAUUAGGGUGAUCACUUCAUUCCUGAGUUGUUUUGAGUGUUACUGUUGUGAAUCCUGUGAAUAAGUUUGAAUGUUAAUUUUUCAGUUUUUGUGACAAACAGUUUGACAUUUUUUUAUUUUGGUGUAAUGUCUGAGAUUAAAUUCCAAGCAGAAAACACAUAUACAGUCAAAAUGAAGAUUAAAUAUGGGCAAAGGGAACUGAAUCAAAUAUAAAUGAUUAUAAGUAGAUUCAACAUUCCUUAUAUUAUUUUUGUAUUGUUACCUUAGGGUUUAAUACUUGAAGAGCACUAGAAAAUAAUAUCACUAACCCAUCAUUGUGUAUAGGUUAAAGAUAGACCUUUUUUCACAUAUUGUGCAUAUUGAUUCAAAGUAUCACAUCCUUAAACACAUCUGAUUAGUGUUUUGUAUGGUUCCUUUUCAAGAUAACUUAGUUUUCAGUAGAAUGUGUGGGGUGAUCAGCACAAGAUCUUCAUAUUUCCAAAAAAGGCUGUGGUGCUAAAGUUCCAGAAAGCUUCUGGAUUGAUGAACUUCAUAAUACACAAACCUUAUUGUUAGGUAUCAUAGACUAUGUAAUGUUCAUUUCAUGUCCAAGUUGUAAAAGAUAUUAAUUCGGCUUCCACUAUUGAAUAUAUGGUAUAUAUAACAGUUAACUGGACCAGUCUUUCAUGCAAUAAAUCUGCAAUACACAUAACUGUGGAGGUAUGAAUAGGGGUAUGCAGAACAAUCAUCCAAACAGACCUAUGUACUGAAAUCAUGAUAUCAGAUUAUUUGACAGUUAUUGAAUUCUUUUUUAUAUAUCUUAGUAAUUAUCAAUAGGAUAUUAAAACCCUGAUUCAUAUAUGAAAGGGCCAACACCCCAUUUACAUCUUUUGAUAAAGACUGUAAUGAAUAUUUUUAUUAAUAUGAAGAUGGAUAUGUUAUUUCUGAUAUAAUGACCAAAAUUUAUUUUUUAACAAUAUAUAACUUAAAAGAUAGUUUACAGCAAUUAUUCUUGUUUUAAACAUCUGGCUACUUGCAAGAGAUACAUGCAAUGAUCUAUGUUCAUUUUACUGUUUGAUAAGUGUUCUCUAAUAUAAACUUUGUUGGCUUUUUAUCAUGUAAGUUAAAUAUAACCUAAAACGUGUGUUUCAAUUGUCAAAUUAUGAAUGCUAAUGUAAUAAGCUUCAUUAACAGUCAUUGUAUGACCAUUUCAGUAUAAGUGGAAAUGACCAUAAUUCUGACUAUGACGUCCCCAGGAAGACAACUUGUAUAAUAGUAGUUGCUUUGUGUGAUCUCUGUAAGUCUGCAAGCUAGACUAAGAUGUGUAUGAAUACUAGUCUGAUAUGUAUAGAUUUGUAUAUAUAAUGUCAUUAUGAUACACGUUUAUUAGAAAACAUUUACAGCUUAUAUGUUUAUUCAUAACAUUAUAUAAUGCAGUUUAUUUGCUUUCAAAAAUCUGUGUUGCCAAGAAUCACAAUAAAGUUUUGCUGGAGGAA